UCAGAAUCUAGUCCGAGCCGCGCCAUCCUCUUGUCUCCUCUCCACCCGUCCCUCGUUGCAACCUCUCCAUCGCAAUCACAUCUGUUCCUCGCUCAUCUCGACUUCCUCCCUCUCUCGCCGCAGCGACUCUGAUUCACGAGCCGCGAACCGCGAGCCAAGCCUCAACGCCUAGCCGAGCCCGAUCUCAAGCCCAGUCUCAUCGAUCCCAGCGUCCCAGCUACCCAGCAACAGCAAGCCCAUAUAGGCCCUCUCCUCUAACCCCAGCUUUCUCCUCAGUAGUAUCUUGUUCUCUGGUCUAGUAGUAUAUCCCGCGCCAUGCGCCCCACCCUCCUCGCCGUUCUGGCGCAGCUCGCGGUCACCGCUGCCCUCCCCUACCACCUCGGGGGAGGUUAUGUGCUCCUCGAGCAGCGCCAGCUCUCUUCGCCCGGCGACCCAACACCCCCGUUGACACCGCCUGCAACCCCAUCGCCGACCGAUCCCUCACCUACUCCUACGCCGUCUCCCUCCCCAACGACGCCUCAACCCCCUCCGACGUCCGAACCUCCUCCCUCAACACCUGCACCACCUCCCACUUCUGACCCUCCCCCUCCCCCUCCUUCAUCGGAUCCCCCUCCCCCUCCCUCUACGUCGGAACCCCCGCCGCCUCCCACAAGCGUAUCACCCCCACCUACAUCUGAACAACCGCCCACGAUUCCGCCUACGUCUGACCCGCCUCCGCCUACCAGUAUACCCACAACGUCAGUAUCUCCCCCAGACCCGCCCUCGUCUUCUGCGAGUGGUGAACCUACCCCUACGAGCGAGGGGCCUGCCCCCACGAGCCAGGCGCCACCUACGAGCCCAGUACCGCCCACAAGCGAGUCUCCACAGCCUACGAGCCAAGUACCUCCUACCACUGAGCCGCCGCCGACGAGCGCGGCACCGACUAGCAACCCCAGCGAGUCCCCGGUGCCGCCUCCAUCGAGCCCCCCGAGUCCAACGAUACCGCCAAGCUCUGUGGCGCCUCCUCCCCCAUCCACUCCCGCCGCCUCCAGCCCCUCUAUCCCUCCCCCAUCGACCCCAGACCCCUCCUCGGCUCUUCCAACAGCUCCAGGCCCCUCCUCCGCUCCCUCCCCGAUCCUCUCAAACACGAUUAUUAACCCUAGCAGCCCAGCCCCUCCCCUUCCGUCCACACCUGUUCCCAGCACGCCCGCCACCUCCGACCCCCCGCCGUCGACCCCAGUGCCCUCUCCCACCGCCUCCCCCGACCCCAACACCCCCGUCCCUCCCACCACCACCACCACUCCUCCUCCCUCCCCCACACCCUCUACCCCGCCCUCUCCUCCCCCCUCGAGCGUCCCGCCCACGAGUGCCCCGCCGUCGUCUGACGUUACAGUGCCGUCCCCAGUGUCGCCUACGGUCGUCCCGCCGUCCUCAGAGCCGCCCACUCCAAGCCAGAGCUCGGCGCCAAAUCCCAGCCCGAGUGCUCCGCCGCCGUCCACGCCCGCGUCGGUGACUCCAGUCCCUCCGGCAUCGAGCAACCCGCCGCCCCCCGCGUCUGGCGGCGUCACGAGCAUCCCUGGCCCAGUGACGACCGGCCCGCCUCCAAGCGGCCCCAUCACGAACCCAGGCCCCGUGACCACAAACCCCCCUGCUCCGGUGACCACGGCUGGUGGUGGCGGAACCCCGGGCGUUGUCGCCCCGAGCCCCGGCACAGGCGGCAAUACAGGCGCCCAACCUGGUGGGACCACUGCUGGCACUCCAGGUGGUAACACUGGUGGCACUCAGCCCCAGCCCCAGCCCCAGCCUCAGCCGCAGCCGCAGCCCCAGCCUCAGCCUCAGCCUCAACCUGGCACUGGCACUGGCGGCACCACUGGCAACACCGGCAACACUGGUGGCAACACUGGCGGCAACGCUGGCGGCCAACAGCCAGCCCCCGCACCCGCCUUCCAGCCGGCCGUCUUGACAUUCACGGACGUCGUGACGAACAGAGUGACGCGCACGAACCCGGACGGCACAGUGCAGACGACAGACAGCGUCGGCGUCGUCGUGGUGACAUUGACGGCGCCCGUGACGAACUCGAACGGCGAAGUGGUGCUCACCCGCACGCUCCCGCGCGGCUCGGGGCAGCCGACCAACGACGUAGUGGUGGUGACGAUGACGUCGCGCGUCAAGCCGGUGCAAGCGACGCAGACACAGUCGAUCGUCGACAACGGCGGUGCGCUGCAAACCUCUGGUGCGCAGUCCGCCAAGCCUGCCGCACUCACGCUCGCCCUCGCCCUCACCCUCGCCGCCCUCCUCGCCGCCGUAUAA